UCUUAUAUCACACCAUAGAUUAUGGAUAAACAAGAAGCAAUAAUUAGGCUAUGACAGAUUUAAGAUUCCAGAUGUUCUUUUCAAUCCAUCCCUGGCUCAGACAAUUCCUGGCAUGGAGAGCUUUGCAGAAAUAGCUCCAUCAGUCCGUGGGCUGCCUCAAAUGGUUAUAGGAAGCAUUAAUAAGUGCGACGUAGACAUUCGAAGAGAACUAUUUAGCAGCAUACUGUUUCAGCUUGUUGGUGGCACAGCUUCAAUGCAACAACUGAAGGAACGCCUGGAGAAAGAUUUGCUAGAGGAAUCCCCUCAGGCUGCUAGAGUAAAAGUAUUGGCCAGUGGAAAUGCUACUGAAAGGAGGUUUAGGUGCGAUCUCUCUCUCUCUCUCUGCCAAUGCUAUGAUUUUGGUGGUUGAUGUUAAUCUUUUGCAGUUAUACUUUUGCCCUUUUGGUUAUAUCGUGCCAUUGACUACUCUGGUUUAUUGUAAAUUCAGUCAUUCAACAAGUUUGUUUCUCUUUUGUACA